AUGAAGAAUAUCGACAAGGAAAUUGAAAGGAUACUGAACAAAGAGUACAAGGAACAGAUAAAUGAAAAUGAGACUGUGAAUUUUGUAAGCGAGAGCCUUGGAUUGGACAAAAGCACAGAGCAUAUUAGCUUUGAAGACGAUAGAAAUAGAUUGGGAGAAAAGCCUAUGGGUAUAACUCCUAGAGAGGAAAACAUAGAAGGUAAUCGCCAAGGAGACUCAUUCAAGAGUAAUAUAUUCUCACAGAAGCCUUUUACACAGCCACCAGCAACUGUGCCUGAAGAAGUCUUAGUUAACUUAAGGAACAGCAAUAUAGGACUGAUAGAUUUAGAAGUGCUAUUGGGAUUAAGCAGAAAAUCAAAUGGGAGUGAAGAGGAGGAGUCAAAUGGCGGGAUUCAACCUAAGAUUUCUAGAAUUUUUGAUGAUGUUCCAAAUGAUGUGGUAUCAAAUGCAGUCAAGAAGCCAAAACUAGUAGAAAACACAAGCGAGGAUCAUAGACAUAAGAUUGAAGAAAUGAACCAGUUUAUUGAUGACUUAUUCUCAAAUAAAUACCUUGAAAAGAGAGUGUUUGAACAUCAAAAGCAGAGUUUCAGCGAAUCUUUGUUUGGUGCACCUAAUUUAAGUAACGAGUACCGCCCAGUUCAUAGCAGAGCAAGCAAUGUGAAACAGUCUUCUCAAAACAGUGUAUAUCAGGAAAUGGAUAGGAUGUCACACAAUUCAAUACUUUCCAGUUUUUCACCGCACAGCUCUGAUAAUUCUAAUAUGAAGUCUAUUACUGAUGAAUCGAAGACUUGUACAAAACCAGAUCAGCUAUCAGCACAUGUAAAUAAAAACGAACAUUUUCCUAACAUUGUACAAGGGUGCAGAUAUCCCCCAUAUAAUAGUACGUCCACCAGGCCAUCAAUUGCACCAGAUUGUCUGUUGUUUAGAAAUCCAACACUGCGCCAGAACAGCUUCAAUCCUCAGGCGUAUUGCAAAGUUAAAAGAAGACGUAGGAUUAGUUCAAAUACAUGGUGUUCAGCCGGGAACUUACUCGCAUUUCAUCCGUCAAAGCUUUCUUCUUUUGAGUUUGUUCGUGGUAAUAUGAGCCUUACACCCAAACCAAUUGUAAAUCCGGGAAAUUUUGUAUUUACGCCUAAACAAAGUUCUGAAAAUGACAGAAUGAUUGAAAACUUCAAAAAGCAAAUGAAUAGAAUUGAUUUUGAUAAUAUUACAGUACAUGAACUUAAGAGCAUAAUGAAAGACUACGGAUUAAACCCCAACGGUAAAAAGAAAGAAAUGAUUGACCGACUCAGAAACACACUAAAGGAAGUUAGAACAAAGCAUGAAGAAAGACAACCAAACAAAAUUACGGAUUGUAGAGAGGAUCCGUUGUAUGAAAAAUACUUUUUUUAA